AUGGUCGCCACGCUUUCCCACACGCCACCAGCAGUGGUGGAGAACUUCUACCAGAACAGCUUCAAACAGCUCAGCAUGGUACAGCAGAAGCAAGUAGGGCUGCUUGUGGGUGUGGCCGUUGCAGACGCGGCGGCGCGCCCGCUGAACGGCUACAGCCAGGAGCAAGUGGAGGCGUAUCUGAGAAACACGCGCGAGGAGACCGGUAGGACGGCCUUGACGCCAACUGCGGUGUCAGAGACGGAGAUCAGCUUCUUGGCGUUUGCGCGCGCGCCACCGCGGGAGAUCAAGACGCGCAGCAGUCCUGCGCACGGCAGCGAUGGUAGGUCUUCGGCCGUGUCUUCGCCGCUGUUGGGGUCUUCGCAUGCCGCCCUCCUCGUCCACUCCUUCACAUACCAGCUCUACUUUGAGAUGUUGCGCGCAAUGAGCAGCGCGCGCGGCGAGUUCACGGUAGACUACGUGCAGGAGCGCCUGGUCCGCGCCGCUGCCGCGGUGGAUGAGCAGCAGACGUUUGCUGCAGAGCAUGCGUCGCUCUUGCACACCCUCUGCACCCUGUUGCCCACCCCCGCUAUCUACCCUUAUGCCAGUGAUGCAGCGCUGCGACGCUAUCUUGAUCCGUUCACUGCAUUCCUCACAGAGUCUCCGAUGCCCUUGCAAGUGGCCGACGCCGACGGUAGCCAGGACGACGGCGUGUCGCCUGCUGAGGCUGCUGCUGCUGAGCAGGCGGCGGUGCGGGACUACACCUUCUCUGUACUCGGCGUCGUGCUUCGGCAGCUGCAAAGCAGCCCUGAUGCCACGCGCAACGCAGCAUUUAUGGCAGUGCCUGGCACGGCUGCGGUGUUCCCGGUAGAUGUGCAGCCUUUCGUGCCAUGCAAGGCGGACACGUCUGCGGAGCCUUGCGCGCGACUUUGCGCAGUGCAGCGGCACCUAGCCACUCGUGCCGCUUCGAUGAGUUCGUCAGUCAUGGCCGGCUCUCGGUGGCUGCCGCAGCGGUGCACGGCGACGGACACCGCCACGGUGCGUGAGGGGCUCAGCAUCGCACAAGCUCCCGUUACGUUUGCGCAGGGAGUCGCGCAGGCGAUCCGACUCGGCGGUCCAACGUGCCAGCGAGCUAUGCUGGUCGGCGCGCUGCUGGGGGCGAAACUUGGGGUGCGGCACAUUCCGAUGGAAUGGCUGAGCGCCACGGCCGACCACAAGCCCGUGUCCACGAUGGCUCUGGAGGUGGCGCAGUGGAGUUGGAACCCCCCCACAUGA